AUGUUGUCGACGGAGCGGUACUAUUAUCUUGCUCUUGCCGCGUUUCUUCUUGUUCUUUCGUCCUCUUUCUUCCUCUUCCAUGGUGAAGCGUCUGUGUACGAUAGGGUGGUGAAAUCGCCGUACAGGACGAGCAUUUCUUCUUCUAAUGUACCGACCGUUCGGGACAGUAUCAUCGCCCUUUUCGAUUCCAUAAAACUCGGCCCUGCGCAACCAGAGUAUCGUGACUCAGCAGGCAAGGUCUACAAAGGCAGCAACAACCCAACAUGGACCGAGCCGUUGAAGCAGAGGGUUCUCAUCGUAGAUAUCGACACUCGUGUCCCAACAGGUUCCAAUGAAAUCCUCAACCUCGACACACUUAACUGGGACGCGCUCGCCAUGAAGGGCGGCCAACUCGUCUCCAAUGCUAUCAUGAACCACUGGCUGUACGCCCAGAUCCAUGGCUACGACUACAAAUUUUACUCAGCCCGCUCCAUCCCCGACCAUCAUGACACUUGGAUCAUGCCGCACGUGUUCCACGAGCUAGUCCCCCAAUACGACUUUGUUAUCGCCAUGGACGCCGACGUCACACUCUCGCACCUCGAAGUCCCGCUCGAGUGGAUGUUCAACCGCUGGGGCAUCACACGCAAUACGUCCAUGGCGCUCCCUUGGGACACUGAAGAGUUCCGUAACGAAAAGUCAGUCAGCCUGGACAGCCAGGGCAUGCUCGUCUACAACACCGGAGUCGUCGUCGCGCAGAACCUGCCCCUUACCGUGAAGAUGCUUGCUGCGUGGAAAGACUGCACGUCCGAAAUACGCUACCCCGGCUGCGGGCUGUGGAAGCGGAAGUGGUCGCACGAGCAGCGCGCGUUCAGUGAGUACAUCCGUCACGAUCCCGAGUUCAACGCGACGUCCGAAUCAAUUGUUGCAAUCAGCUGCGAUGACGCGGUGGGCUGGCCGGGGUUCAAGGAGGAUGCCCAUGUCGAUUAUGAGAUCGCGGAUUGCAGCGGCAACUUCAUGAGGCAUCACACUCUUAUCAAGAGUAAGACAAAGGACAGUCACGCAGGUAGCGUUAUGCAGGCGCUGAGCCAAGUUCUGCAGAAGGAGAUGCUCAACAACAAGGACAAGGUAUGGUACAAGGAGCCGGAGAAGGAGUAUAUCUAG